CUUCGCUGCUGGCUGGGGUUGCUAUGAAGCGCUCGAGCCGAGGCAGCGCGUGCUGCCCGCGGGAGGGAGAGCAGAAAGUGGAGACGCAAGGGGAAUUUGUUAAAGUCAGGAAGAGAGCUUUGGAGAGGCUGACUACUGAAGUGAUGCAGCUACAUGACAUUUUGCCCCAGAUACUGAAUUAUGAUAUCUUGGAGAACUUGCAGAAAUUGGAUGCUGUUGAAACAAUUGUGGAAAGGAAAGAUAUUGAAGUGGAGCAAUUGAGAAUGGAUUGUGAACACUAUAAAGCCCGUUUAGAAGCAGCCCAAGCAGAUUGUAUGAAAGAAAGAAAGGAAAAAUUAACUGUUCGGCAGCAGUUGAAUGAAGCAAAGCAACAAUUAUUGCAGCAAGCUGAAUACUGUACAGAAAUGGGUGCUGCAGUUUGCACGUUGUUGUGGAGUAUCUCUAGCAAUGAAGAAGCAGUUAAAAGUAUUCUAGGAAGUAGUAAAGCUAUAAAGUUUUUUAGCAUUGCUGGACAGACUAUGGAGAGUUUUGUGCGAUCAUUAAGUGAAGAUAUCAAACAGCAAGACAUGGAUUCUGAUGAAAGUCAGUUUGUGUUAGGUUUGGCAGGGAUUGUUACAAAUGUUGCUGCUUUAGCAUGUGGUCGUGAAUUCCUAGUUAAUUCAAAUCAAGUAUUGUUGGACACAAUGAUGCAACUUCUGGGAGACAUGAAGCAAGGAUGCUGCACAAAACUUAAAGUACUGAUGCUGAUGUCCUUAUACAAUGUUAGUAUCAAUGUGAAAGGCUUGAAGUACAUCAGUGAAAGCCCAGGGUUCUUUCCAUUACUCUGGUGGCUCCUGAACGAUCCAGAUCCAGAAGUAUGUCUUCAUGUUCUACGGCUUCUCCAGUCUGUGAUUUUAGAGCCAGAUGUUUUAACCAAGUCAGCUCCUGAAAUACGUGACUCUUUGCCACUUCCACGUAUCCAUAUGCUGUCAAAGAGCCGCAAUGCAGAUCUACAAAUCCUCGCCCGAGAACUGCUUGAGGACCUUAAAAUAUUAGAAAGUGAAAUAUAAAGUUGUGCUCUAUAACAUUGUUAUCUUCUCCAGCAUUUUUUCCCAGUGUUGUAGUAAUUUGUAAAAUUAUGCAUGCAUUUAAAAAAAAGGUUCUUCUUGUAAUUAGAUUUGUGUGUUUGUAUGUGACCAGUGUUUCUUCACAGAAGAAAGGAUACAUCAGAAUUCCCAGGCUAGCCACAUUACAUCAAACCAUCUCACCCAAGCUCACUAGACAUUAUUAUUUCUGCUUUAAACUGUUUGAAGUCAAAGAUUAAAUGGUUUGAAUAAACUGCAGCUGGUUACAUGCAAGUUACAUUUGUCACUUUCAGAUGAUGUUGAAUAACAUGAUGUUGAAUAAAUCUUUUGCUGCUGGAAA